GCCUUAUCAAAAGUUCAGUCCCGUGUGGGGCAAACCGUCCAACAUUUCGCCUGCUCUCUCUCAGUCUCUCCGUGCUAAAAUCGAAACCGCGCAAAUCCUAGGCUAGGCCACCGGCGCCCGAGAUGGCGGCGGCCUUGGCGGCGGGCGUCGGCGUGCUGCUGCCGUUCCCGUUCUACUGGGCGCUGUGGACGCGCCCGCAGCGGUGGGUGGACCUGUGCGGCCGGGGCGCCGACCCGUGCCGCCGCAUGGCGCAGGUCUCCCACGUCCUCAAGGCGCUCCAGCUCCUCGCCCUCGCCUCCGUCGCCUCCUUCUCCUGGCCCCCUCCUCUCUGCGCCCUCCCCCUCCUCGCCUUCGGCCAGUACCUCAACUUCAAGGUGUACCAGCUGCUGGGCGAGUCGGGUACCUACUAUGGCGUCCGGUUCGGGAAGAAGAUCCCGUGGGUGACGGAGUUCCCCUUUGGCUACAUCAAGGACCCGCAGUAUGUGGGGAGCAUCCUGAGCCUCGUGGCGCUGCUGUGCUGGGUUCCCUUCCAGUAUAUUGUGUUGUGGUGCCUCGGUUAUGUUUUCAUGAUUUUGGUGGAAGACAAGGAAGAUCCAGCCACCCGUGCCAAGUUGCUCUCCUGACUGUUGUAUAUGUUGUGCGGUUGAUAGAUGACUCGAGAUCUCUCACUGUCCAUUAGUUGUGUUGUUCCUGGACGUGUCCCAGUCAUGCCUUUUUUUUUUUUUGCGGGUGUGUCCCAGUCAUGCUGGCUAGACAUUUUGUUUAAUAAGGAGAUGUGAGUGUUGUUGUUUUCUUAUCACGGCUCUCAGACCGUGAGAAGGUCUUUUGUGUCUGGCGUUUAGACCCUGAGAUGGGCUUCUAUACUAUUAAUAAAAAAAAUAGGUAUUCUUAUUC